AUGACAGGACACUGCUGGGGAUACGGGAAGCAAGACGGUCCUUCAUCCUGGUAUGAAAACUACCCUGUUGCUCAGGGAAACCGCCAAUCUCCAAUUGACAUCACCCCUCAUCAGGCGGUCCAUGAACCCAGUCUGGGUCCGAUUGUCCUGAGCUAUGAUCAGUGUACCUCCAUUAAUAUCUCCAAUAACGGCCACUCUGUAGUUGUGGAGUUCGAUGACUCAGAUAACCGCUCAGUGAUUGAGGGAGGCCCUCUUGACAACCCCUACAGACUGAAACAGUUUCACUUCCACUGGGGAGGAAAGGGAUCCAAUGGCUCCGAGCACACCAUUGAUGGAAUUGGCUAUGCAUCAGAGCUUCAUUUAGUUCACUGGAAUGCUGUCAAAUAUAAGACCUUUGGGGAGGCAGCAACUGCUCCCGAUGGCCUCGCCGUUCUUGGAAUUUUCCUGGAAACAGGUGAUGACCACCGAUGGCUCCACAUGAUAACAGACACAUUAUACAUGGUGAAAUAUAAGGGCAGUAUCACAGACUUCAAGGGAUUCAACCCCAAGUGCCUCCUACCCAGCAGCCUCCAUUACUGGACCUACCUGGGGUCACUGACCACUCCUCCUUUACACGAGACUGUCACCUGGAUCAUCCUGAAGGAGCCAAUUACAGUGUCUGAAAAGCAGCUAGGGAAAUUCAGAAUGCUUCUGUUCUCUGGAGAAGAUGAAGAUGAGAGGAUGCGCAUGGAAAACAACUUCAGACCUCCACAACCCCUAAAAGGCAGGAAAGUGCGAUCCUCCAAUUAA